AGAUAAACUCUCAGGCCAAAAGCCGGGCACCUUUGAUGAUUCGGUAAAUUCUGACGCCUCCGACUCCUGGGUCGAAGUGUCCUGAGUUGCCCAAUGCUACCAGAAUGUGCCGGCGCCGGGCAUCUCAAGGCAAAUGAUUUUCAUACUGAAGCCACAAUGGCGGUGGCACAACGAGUUAAUCUAGACUGGUUGCGGGAUCCGCCACCAACGAAUCUAACACCAUAUCAGAAAUACAUUCGCGAUGUGGACUGGAGCUGCACAACGGCAGGGCCCAUAGCAACGUGGUCGCGAGAGCUCAAGCAAAUGGUCCGCUUCCUUGUGGCCGAUAAGGAACCACGUAUAUUGUACUGGGGCUUGUCACGCACUGUCAUCUACAAUGAGGCCUACAUACCUCUUGUCGGGGCUAAGCAUCCGUAUAUGCAAGGGAAGAACGCGUCGGACGUAUUCCCCGAAUUCUGGGCGUUCUUUGAAAAUCUUAUUACACGGCAGCAGUCUACGGGGGAAUGCUUAAGUGGAGAUGCCGAAAUGUUACUCAUGGAACGACAUGGAUUUCUCGAGGAAACCUACUUUGACUGGAAACUGGUGCCGGUUAUUGGCGACGAUGGGGAGGUCAAAGGGUCUUUGGGCUGUCCUUCGGACAAAACUUGGGAUAUUAUCGCAGCGCGGAGGAGGGACUGUGUCAAACACGUCGCACGACAGAUCGGCAGGACUACCAGCCUCAAACAUCUUUGGGCUGCCACUUUGGAUGGGCUGAGUAUCAACGAAAAGGAUACGCCCUUUGCUCUUCUAUACACCGUGAAGGAGCAAAUGAGUCUUACAGGGCCACCUUCUCGGCCUAACUACACCUGUCGUUUAGAGGGGUCCAUAGGUGUUUCUUCCGAUCAUGCCGUGGCGAAAGAAUACCUCGACGCACAAUACGACCUUGAUGGGUUUGCGCCUAAGGUUCUCGCAGCUAUCACGGCCGAUGAGAUGCUCGUGCUCAAGGCCGACGACCCGCAGGUAAAUUCUUUGUUGAACGGUAUCAGCUGGAAAGGACAUGGACUACCGAGCCACGAACUUGUUAUCGUCCCCCUCAAGGCCGAUGAUGAGAUAGCUGCAUUCUUCAUCAUCGGAUUAAACCCCUACCGAAGAUACAAUAAGCUGUAUCAAGAUUUUCUGCGUUCUUUAGCCGAUGUCAUGGGGCCUCAAAUAUCGAAGCUCAUUCUUGCCGAGGAGGUCCAGCGCCGGGCUGAAAUCGCAAGAAAAGCCGAAUCGGAUUUUGCUCAGAGUGAAUUGAGAUUCGCCAGGUUCGCGGAGCGCUCAACAUUUGGACUUGCGGUUGCUGGCCGUGAUAAACAUAUCACUUAUGCCAACGAGGCUUGGUAUAGCUUUGUCGGGAUGGACCCUGCCCGUUCGGACUACGGUGGGUGGUUAGAGACUGUCCACGAUGAAGAUAUACCACUUGUGCUUGAAUGGUGGGAAAGGGUUUUGGUCGACAAAAAAGGAGGCCAGUUUCAAUAUCGAUCAAAGGUACCUUUUCGCCAAGGAAAUAUGUACUCAGAGCAUCGGACUGCUCUGUGUGCUAUAUACCCUGACCUCAAUGAGGUUCAGAUAGUCGAAAGUGUUAUGGCAUUUAUAAUAGAUAUAUCAGAACUGAAGUGGGUAGAGGAGCAGCUAAAAAUCCGGACCAAGGCUCUGGAAGAAUCAGAGUACAAAUGGAAGCACUAUGCAGAGCACUGCCCGUUGGGUAUUGUACGGACGGAUGGUGAAGGUCACGUUCUUUACGGCAACGAUGCAUGGCAUGCAUACUACGGCUUCACUAGGGGCAAGGUCCCGGGCGCACAACCAUGGCUUCCUUACGUCGACGAGGGCUGCCUCGAGGCAUGGGCAAAAGUCUUUCGAAGUUUACAAACUGAGCCUGGCGCGAAAACUCACGAGCUCAAGCUGAAAAACCAGGUUUAUACUGUCCAGGAAGGAGAUCAUGUUAUCCAAAAUGGCGUAUACAUUUUGAUAACCGGCUUUUCGGAAUUCAAGGCGGACGGCACAUGCGAUUACAUCGACUUUUGGGUUACUGACAUAAGCGCUCAAAAGAUGGCAGCCAAAAUCCUAGCUGACAAGAUGCAUGAAGCAAUCCGUCUCAAGACACACCAGGAACGGUUCAUCGACAUGAUUAGCCAUGAGAUUCGAAACCCAUUAUCAGCGGUCUUACAUUGCGGUGAAGAGGUUAUUGGCGCCAUGAAGACAUGCCUGGACAACAUCCAGCCACUCGUGCCUCAGAAAUGUGAUGGGCGCACCAUGCUUGUACAACAGAUGGAGAAUGCCCUCGAAGCUGCUAACACCAUCAUGUAUUGUGUGCAGCAUCAAAAGCAAAUAGUCGACGAUGUCCUUACCCUGUCAAAGCUCGACGCAGACCUUUUGGUGGUGUCCCCGGUGCCAGUUCAUGCAAUGAGUCUUGUGAAAACUGCUCUUAAGGUGUUCCACCCGGAGCUGAAAAUGACCGACAUCACCCUCUCUGUCAUCGAGGACGAUUCAUUACUAGAGCAGCGUAUAGGGUGGGUGCUACUUGACCCCAAUCGCUUCCUGCAGAUUGUCAUCAAUCUCGUCACCAAUGCGAUCAAAUUCACUCGCACAGCCCGGACUAGAAAGAUAAAUAUUGUAGUAUCCGCGUCACGAGUACGACCCACAGGUGCUGUACUGGGAGUACAUUAUGUCCCUCGACGAUAUGAGCCAGCAACGCCAACAAGUCCUUCCGGCGACUUAGCUGGAGAAUUCAGUGUUUCGGAGGAGGUCUUCCUGUCAUUCCAAGUCACAGAUACCGGCAAGGGUCUUUCCCCAGAUGAAGAGGCUCUCUUGUUUAAUCGCUUUGCACAAGCCUCUCCAAAAACUCACAUCGAGUACGGCGGGUCAGGCCUUGGUCUCUUCAUCUCUCGCCAGAUCACCGAGAUGCUGGACGGUGAGAUUGGAAUGAGUAGCAGUGGUGUAGGCAGUACCUUUGCGUUUUAUGUCAAGACACAGAAGGCCAUACCGCCACGGCGGCCUUCCGUGAGUAUUGAGCCAAUAUUAGAGCUCACUAGGACUCUAAGUUUGAACAGCUCGGCCUCGCCAAUGGUGGUGCCACCAUCGCCUAACGAUGAAGCAGCUGGGACCAUAGACGUAACCCUUGUGACUCCUCCGGAUCCUGACGCCAAGCUCGUAAGCUCGGUUGAGCGGCAUGUUUUGGUCGUGGAGGAUAAUCUAGUGAACCAGAAAGUUCUCUGCAAGAUGCUACGAAACAGAAACUUCAUUGUCAAAGCCGCCAACCACGGUCAAGAGGCACUCGAAGCAAUUCGUAAGUUACAGGAGAUAAGUGAAGGCAGAACGUUCGAUGUUGUCCUCUGUGACAUAGAGAUGCCGGUGAUGGAUGGAAUCGAUUUUACAAAGGAGGUUCGGUCACAAGAGUCAACGGGUCAGAUGCAGGGGCACGUGCCUAUUGUUGGUGUCACGGCCAACGUACGAAGCCAGCAGGUCAGCGCAGCCAUUGAGGCCGGCAUGGACGGUGUGACUACCAAGCCGUACCGCAUCGACGAAUUGAUAGCACAUAUCAACCGCGUUUGCUCACUAUUGGCAGCGGUGACCUGAUUGCAAAGCAUAGAGCGAAGACUCGGGCUGCAAAUACAGAUAUCCGGGUUCAGUGAGGAGAAUGGAACCAUUGUCAGAACAGAAGCUUUGUCGUUUUGGACAAGGUCGUAUGCGGAACACUGUAUAUUGUACGGUGACUCUUUCUGGUAUUAUAUAGGACAUCAGAGCAAUUCCUUCCACAGCAACGACACAAUCAAAUAGUAUGCUUAUCGCCCUAUCGGAUGGAUGCGGGUACCCAUAAAGCUUUGAUUUGUGUCUGCCUUAUGGUGCUUCAGAACUCAGCAGAGAACCUAUGAUCGCACAGGAUGGAGAGCAAAGGCCACGACCACGUUCGGUACUCAGUGUCUAGAUUUUUGAGAUUUAGCACAGUGAAUAUUCAUGUGUGGAGGGAACGGUGUAUGGAUGUUCACAUGUAAAUAUUUCAUUUCAGAAGCAUUUUC